AUGAUCUUACUCACACUCAGCACUGGAAGACGGUUGGAUUUCGUGCAUCAUUCGGGGGUGUUUUUCUUGCAAACCUUGCUUUGGAUUUUAUGUGCUACAGUCUGCGGAACGGAGCAGUAUUUCAAUGUGGAGGUCUGGUUACAAAAAUACGGCUAUCUUCCACCGACUGAGCCCCGGAUGUCGGUACUGCGCUCUGCAGAGACCAUGCAGUCUGCCCUCUCUGCCAUGCAGCAGUUCUAUGGCAUUAACAUGACAGGAAAAGUGGAUAGAAACACAAUUGACUGGAUGAAAAAGCCUCGAUGUGGUGUACCUGAUCAGACAAGAGGUAGUUCCAAAUUUAAUAUUCGUCGAAAACGAUAUGCAUUAACAGGACAGAAGUGGCAACACAAACACAUCACAUACAGUAUAAAGAACGUAACUCCAAAAGUAGGAGACCCUGAGACUCGAAAAGCUAUUCGCCGUGCCUUUGAUGUGUGGCAGAAUGUAACUCCUCUGACAUUUGAAGAAGUUCCCUACAGUGAGUUAGAAAAUGGUAAACGUGAUGUGGAUAUAACCAUCAUUUUUGCAUCUGGUUUUCACGGAGACAGUUCUCCCUUUGACGGGGAGGGAGGAUUUUUGGCACAUGCCUAUUUCCCUGGCCCUGGAAUUGGAGGAGAUACUCAUUUUGACUCUGAUGAGCCAUGGACACUUGGAAAUCCAAAUCAUGAUGGAAAUGACUUGUUUCUUGUAGCAGUUCAUGAACUAGGACAUGCUCUGGGACUGGAGCAUUCCAAUGACCCUACUGCUAUCAUGGCUCCAUUUUAUCAGUAUAUGGAAACAGACAACUUCAAACUUCCUAAUGAUGACUUGCAAGGCAUCCAGAAGAUAUAUGGUCCUCCUGACAAGAUCCCUCCACCUACAAGACCUCUACCAACAGUGCCCCCACACCGCUCUAUUCCUCCUGCUGACCCAAGGAAAAACGACAGGCCCAAACCUCCUAGGCCUCCCACCGGCAGACCUUCCUAUCCAGGAGCCAAACCCAACAUCUGUGAUGGGAACUUUAACACUCUAGCUAUUCUUCGCCGUGAGAUGUUUGUUUUCAAGGACCAGUGGUUUUGGCGAGUGAGAAACAACAGGGUGAUGGAUGGAUACCCCAUGCAAAUUACUUACUUCUGGCGGGGCUUACCGCCUAGUAUUGAUGCUGUGUAUGAAAAUAGUGAUGGGAAUUUUGUCUUCUUUAAAGGUAACAAAUAUUGGGUGUUCAAGGAUACAACUCUUCAACCUGGUUACCCUCAUGAUUUGAUUACUCUUGGAAAUGGAAUUCCUCCUCAUGGUAUCGAUUCGGCCAUUUGGUGGGAGGAUGUUGGGAAAACCUAUUUCUUCAAAGGGGACAGAUAUUGGAGAUAUAGUGAAGAAAUGAAAACCAUGGACCCUGGCUAUCCCAAGCCAAUCACAGUCUGGAAAGGCAUCCCUGAAUCUCCUCAGGGAGCCUUUGUGCAUAAAGAAAAUGGCUUUACAUAUUUCUACAAAGGAAAGGAGUAUUGGAAAUUCAACAACCAGAUACUCAAAGUAGAACCUGGAUAUCCAAGAUCCAUCCUCAAGGAUUUUAUGGGCUGUGAUGGACCAACAGACCGAGAUAAAGAAGGACACAGCCCACCAGAUGAUGUAGACAUUAUCAUCAAACUGGACAACACAGCCAGCACUGUGAAAGCCAUAGCUAUUGUCAUUCCCUGCAUCUUGGCCUUAUGCCUUCUUGUAUUGGUUUACACUGUGUUCCAGUUCAAGAGGAAAGGAACACCCCGCCACAUACUGUACUGUAAACGCUCUAUGCAAGAGUGGGUGUGAUGUAGGGUUUUUUCUUUCUUUCUUUCUUUUCCAGGAGUUUGUGGUAACUUGAGAUUCAAGACAAGAGCUGUUAUGCUGUUUCCUAGCUAGGAGCAGGCUUGUGGCAGCCUGAAUCGGGGCUGACCUUCAAACCCAGAGGGUUGCUGGUCCUGCACAUGAGUGGAAAUUCACUCAUGGGGAAGCUUCCAUGAUGCACAGUAUCUGCCGUUCUUCAGUCCUUUGUCUUUCUUUGUCAUUCAGUUCUAGGCCUUUCCUCUGCACGCUCAAUGCCCAAUUAAAUUUCAGGAUUAAUUAAAGAAGAGGAAAAAAAAAGAAGAAAUGAUUCUUCACAAAGGUUUUUAAUGUUAUUUUUUUUCCUUCUGAAGUCUGAGCCCAUUUCUGGGAAAGAGA